AUGACUGGUGAAUUUCCACCCUUGGCGGCUCUUCCGCAACUCAUUCUGCACCCAUCUGUGAGGCCAGAAAACCUCGAUGCGGCCAAAGUUGUCGAUGACUGGCUUUCUUCCUUCAUGGAAAGCUUAAAGAAUGGCUCUACGGGGGACAUGCUUGAUCAUUUCCUAGAAGAGGAGUCGUGGUGGAGAGACUUCCUUUCUCUCACAUGGGAUAUCGCGUGUCAUAAUGGAUCUGAGGCCAUAUGCAAAUACCUAAGCACUUCCACAUCUGGACUUACAGAGCUUGAAGCCGAAAACCACGGUGCAUUGCAACCACGCUUGGAAGAUUUAGGAGGACUGAGGUUCAUCCAAUCCGGCUUCAGCUUCAAGAACAAUUUUGGCACCGGCAGAGGUGUUCUUAGGCUGGCCAAUGUUGGGGUAGACCAGUGGAAGGCAUGGACAGUAUUCACUGUGCUUGAGAAUUUGAAUCAGGUGGAAGGCCUUGAGCGACGGACAAUCGAAUCAGACAUACAGUGUGGUGUUUCCAGUAAUGGAACUUUGCCACCAGUCAACCAAACCGACAAUGAUCUACAGGUCUUGGUAGUUGGAGCAGGUCAAUCUGGACUUGCAAUUGCAGCGCAUUUACAAAACCUAGGCAUCAAAUAUCUCGUCGUGGACAAAGCAUCUCGACCUGGUGACUCAUGGCGAGCAAGAUAUGGGUCGAUCAAACUGCAUACGCCCAUUUAUUCAGAUCACUACCCUUUCAUGAAAUACCCGACCGACUGGCCCCGCUACCUCGACCAGGAACACAUUGCAAAAUGGAUGGAGCAUUAUGGACAUGCUAUGGCUCUCAAUAUCAGGCACGACACCCUCGCGAGGAAUAUCCAGUACAAUGAAUCGAUCCAGCAGUGGUCAAUCGAGCUGCAGACCAAGGAUUGUGUGAAGACUAUCAAUCCAAAGCAUGUUGUGCUAGCCACCGGGCUAUUGAAUGAUAUUCCAAUCCGCCCCAUCUUCCCUGGCGAGGAUUCAUUCAAGGGUCAGAUCUACCACACAUUGGCCCAUAAAUCGGCGGCUUUAGUACCAGACGUACGAAGCAAAAAGAUCACAAUCAUCGGAUCUGGAACAAGUGCACAUGAUGUGGCCCAGGACUUCGUCAACCAUGGGGCUGAGACAGUAACCAUGGUGCAACGCGGCCCCAUUUAUGUGGCAUCUCUGGAUUCGCUGGAAAAAAUGCAGCUGCAGCUGUGGAACACUCCAGGAUUAAGCACCGAAGAUGCUGAUCUUUUGGGCAACUCCCUACCAACGGCUGUUGUUCGCACUCUCAGUGUGGGAGCGUCCCAAAUGAUGUCGGCAAAUGACAAAGUCAUGUUGGAUGGGCUGAAAAAGGCUGGACUGGCAGUGAAGAAGGGGGAUGGAGGAGACAGCCUGGUCGAUCAUCAGCUUAUCAAGGCAGGACAUUUCUAUAUUGAACAAGGGGCAAGUCAAAUGAUCAUCGACGGUCAGAUCCAGGUACGGAGAUGUGAACGAGGCGUCCAGGAGUACUACUCAGACGGAAUAAUCCUCGGCGACGGUACCAAGGUGGAGUCCGACAUUAUCAUCUUAGCCACGGGACUCGAACGUAAUAUCAAAUACGUUGAGCAGCUCAUGGGAAAAGAGGUCAUGGACAAGGUGGGAGAUCUGUGCGGUUUGGAUGACAGCCAAGAAAGAAUUGGUGUGUGGAGACCGACCGGUAUGCCGGGAUUCUGGUUCAUGACGGGGAGCUUUAUGUGGUCCAGACAGUUUGCUCCCAUUCUCGCUUUGCAGAUUGCUGCCAUAGAGCGAGGGUUGCAAAAUUAUCAAGUCCCGCCGUAA